GUCAGGGUUGGACCCUAAGCACCCAGGUUCACACGGUGGCUGCACCAGAAGCAGGUUUCUGGGUUCCGGUCUCCCUCAGGAGGGCCUGGGAAUCUAGGGCUGUGGACCCUGGGGCGUUGUGGGAUUUUUCACGUGAUGGCCCCUUGGGGCAUCCUUGAGUCCUUGCUCUGUGCCCUCUUGGAGCAUCCUGGGAUCCUUGCACUGUGACCCCACGGGCGUCCUGGAGUCCUUGCGCUGUGGCCCGUCGGGGGUCCCUCUGCCCUGGGGAGGGAGAGCCUACUGCAGUCAGUGCUGCAAUGGAUGGAACGGGGAACCAGAACUUGCCCCAGAGGAGGCGCGCACCGAUGACGCACAGCCUGGCGUCCCAGCAACGCGGUUACUAGGGAGCUGCAAGCAGUCCGAGAUAUGGAUGCGGCUACUGCCCCGCACCUCAUCCCCCCGGAAAUGCUUCAGUACGGGGAGGACAACCACAUUUUCGAGAUGAUGCAGAACAUGCUGGAGCAGGUCCUGAUCCACCAGCCGGAGGAACCCAUCUCCUUCAUGAUCAACCACCUGCGCCGGAACAAUGACGGCGUGCCGAAGGUCGUGAUAUUAGGUCCACCUGCCUCAGGGAAAACCACCAUCGCAAUGUGGCUCUGCAAACACCUCAACAGCAAUCUCAUCACCAAGGAGAACUUACUAAAUAAAGAGUUUUCCCAAAUGGCUGAGGAAGCCAAGAAACACUACGAGAUUUACAAGAGGAUUCCCAAUUCGAUGCUCAUCAGCCUGGUCCAGGAGCGCCUGAAUGAGGACGACUGCCUCAGGAGGGGCUGGAUCCUGGAUGGCAUCCCUGAGAGGCGGGAACAGGCGCUGAUGAUCCAGACUGUGGGGCUGGCGCCCAGGCACGUCAUUGUGCUUAAUGCUCCUGAUACAGUCCUGAUCGAGAGAAACAUGGGGAAGCGGAUUGACCCCAACACUGGAGAGAUCUACCACACCACCUUCGACUGGCCCCCCGAGCCUGAAAUACAGAACCGGCUGAUCGAGCCAGAAGGCAUCUCAGAGAUAGAAACAGCGAAGAGGCUGCUAGAAUACCACAGAAACAUCAUCAGGAUUCUUCCUUCCUACCCCAAAAUCCUGAAGAUCAUCAGCGCAGACCAGCCAUGUGUGGACGUCUUCUACCAGGCUCUGACUUACGUCCAAACUGGCCACCGAUGCAAUGCCCCAUUCACCCCCAAGGUGCUGCUGUGUGGGCCAUUGGGCAGUGGGAAGAGUUUGCAGGCGGCCCUUCUGGCUCAGAGAUACGGCCUUGUUGACAUCUGCUGCGGGCAGCUGCUGAAGGAAGCUGUGGCGGCCAAGUCAAGCUUCGGGGAGCUCAUCCAGCCGUUCUUUGAAAAGAGGAUGACAGUGCCAGACAGCAUCAUCAUCAAGGCUCUGACUGAACGUCUGGGCCAGCAAGACUGCAUCCAGAAAGGGUGGGUGCUGCACGGCUUCCCGAGAGACCUGGACCAGGCACGGAUGCUGACCUCUAUGGGCUAUAGUCCCAACAGGGUGUUCUUCCUGAAUGUGCCAUUGGAUUCCAUCCUGGAGCGAAUGACGCUGAGAAGGACUGACCCUGUCACAGGAGAAAGGUUCCAUCUCAUGUAUAAGCCUCCUCCCACCAUCGAAGUCCAGGCCCGUCUCCUGCAGAACCCCAGGGACUCAGAGGAGCACAUCAGGCUUCAAACAGACCUGUUCUACAGGAACUGCAGGGACCUGGAGCAGUACUAUGAUCAGGCCGUCACUGUCAAUGGGGACCAGGACCCAUACACAGUCUUCGAGUACAUAGAGAGCGGGAUCAUCAAUCCUCUGCCCAAGAAAGUGACCUGAUGCGUGCAGAGCCAGGAGCAAGCCCUGGAGACACUACGAUCCCCAGCCCACAACCUUUGCCAUGUGUCCCCCUUUCCUCCAGCCAAUAAAAAUGCUAGACACAA